AUGGAAAAACAAAACAGAUUCUACAGCGACGUCGUUAUCAUUGGAGCAGGCCUGUCGGGAAUCGACAUGGCAUGCCAGCUCCAACGGCAAUUAUGUGUCAGCGACUACGUGAUUUACGACCGCGCUCGAGAAUUGGGUGGCGCGUGGGCCGCCAACAAAUGUGAUUUUUCCGCAUCCCCUUCACAGUGCCUUUUCCCGUCCCAGAAGGAGAUUUUAUCCUACAUCCAACGCGUCGCUCGCACUAACCAUGUCACUGAACAUGUGAGGUUUCAGACCGAAUGGAAAGGUGCCCAGUGGGUGGAAGCAUCUGGUACAUGGCAUGUCUCUCUCUACAAUUUGAGGACAGGAGAGGAAUUUUUUCACGAAGCCAAGGUACUGGUUUCCGCUGUCGGAGGCUAUACUAAUCCCAAGCUUCCCAUUCUGCCUGGCUUGGAGACAUUUGAUGGCCCCGUGGUGCAUACUGCUAAGUGGAAUAAGGAGUACGACCUCCGAGGCCUCAACGUGGCCGUGGUGGGUAACGGAUGCUCCGGCUCACAGGUAGUUCCUGCUGUGAUCGAUGAAGUCAGCAGCCUGACGCAGUUUAUUCGGAGCCCGCAAUAUUAUGUCCCGAUGCCCAUGGGCAAUUAUCGAUUUGGAAAAGUACUGCGCGCUUGCUUCUCCUACAUUCCACUCACUUUGCUGCUUAUCCGUUGGCUGGUCUUUUGGAUCCUUGAUACCACACUUGGGCAGUUUUACAACGAUUCCAAAGGAGACAAAUUGAGAGAGGAGAGAGCUUCGCGCAGUCGGAAGUAUAUUACGGAGAACGCCCCUGAGCGAUACUGGCCUUUGCUUACACCUGGCUAUGACCUUGGAUGCCGACGAAGGAUACUGGACAAUGACUAUAUCCGAUCGCUUCGCAGCUCUAAAAUGAAGCUGGUCAAGGACUCGAUUUUACAAGUCGACUCGAAGAGUGUGGUGACAGGUUCAGGCGACAAAUACCCGGUUGAUUUCAUCAUUCUCGCGACGGGAUUCGAGUUCACUCAAUGGAAGGCCGAUUCAGUCAUAGGCCGGCGAGGAAAGUCGCUGAAACAGCUCUGGGAUGAUCGAGGCGGCAUCGGCGCUUACAAGACUGUGGCGAUGAACGAGUUUCCCAACAUGUUUUAUUUAUUAGGCCCGAAUUCCGGCAGCGGACACACGUCUGUCCUUUUUGCGAUCGAGUGUUCGGUCAACCUCGUUAUUAGGAUUGCACGUCCUAUACUUCAGCGACAAGCAUCGAUAGUCGAGGUAUGCAAAGGGGCUGAGAUUGAGUGGUGUGACACCAUACAGACUGCUCUCAGCAAAACGGUGUUGACGCGCAGCUGUUCCAAUGUAAGUUGUGUGCUGACCAUCGCAAUGAACCAUGAGCCUACUGACGAUCUCCAAUGUAGCAAUAUACCGACCCAAAAAACGGAUGGAAUUUCUUUUCAUAUCCUUUCAGCUCAUUGA